AUGCGGGUAGAUCUGGGAAAGCUCUGCGCGUGGAAUGUUCGUCUUUUAUUACUUUCCGCAACUCUGACUUAUUCUAUAACUGAUGUUGGAUGCUCACACCAAAGCAUCCCUCCGUCUGUAGUGAAGCUCUGGGCUUCAGCAUUUGGUGGGGAAAUGAAGUCAAUUUCUGCAAAAUAUUCAGGCUCCCAGCUGCUGCAGAAGAAAUACAAGGAGUUCGACAGAGCUGUGCAUGUGGAAGAGAUUGAUGGACUGCGCCUCGUGAAGAGACUGGCAGAGAACAUGGAGGAGAUGUUUCACAAGAAAGCCCAGGCAAUGAAGAGACUUGUAGUGGCUGCAGAAGAAGCCCACCUGGAGCACGAGGAGGAUCCAGAGCUGCAGUAUGAGUACUUCAAUGCAGUGCUUAUAAAUGAAGUGGACGAGGAGGGGAACAAUGUCGAGCUGGGAGGAGAAUUCAUUCUACAACCCAAUGACCACUUUAACAACUUGUCAGUCAACGUGAGCCUCAGCGUGGUCCAGGUGCCAACUAACAUGUAUAACAAGGACGCUGCUAUCGUUAAUGGAGUGUACUGGUCGGAAGCCUUAAAUAAAGUGUUUGUGGAUAACUUCGAGAGAGACCCAUCCCUCAUAUGGCAGUAUUUCGGUAGUGCCAAAGGUUUUUUCAGACAGUACCCAGGGAUCAAAUGGAAACCAGAUGAACACGGAGUUAUUGCUUUUGACUGCCGCAACAGGAAGUGGUAUAUCCAGGCUGCUACCUCCCCGAAGGAUGUGGUGAUUCUCGUCGAUGUCAGUGGAAGCAUGAAAGGUCUCAGACUGACCAUCGCGAGACAAACUGUUUCCUCCAUACUGGACACUCUUGGAGAUGACGACUUCUUCAAUAUCAUCGCUUACAAUGAGGAAUUGCAUUAUGUGGAGCCAUGCCUGAAUGGAACGCUGGUCCAAGCUGAUGUUGCCAACAAAGAUCAUUUUCGGGAGCAUCUUGACAAGCUGUUUGCUCAAGGCAUCGGAAUGUUAGACAUGGCUUUAAGUGAGGCCUUCAAUCUUCUCAGUGAGUUUAACGAGACUGGUAGAGGCAGUGAAUGCAGCCAAGCCAUUAUGUUGGUUACUGAUGGAGCAGUGGAUACAUACGAUGCCAUUUUCGCCAAGUACAACUGGCCGGAAAGGAAGGUCCGCAUUUUCCCUUACCUGAUUGGCCGUGAGUCAGCCUUUGCAGAUAAUCUCAAAUGGAUGGCAUGUGCUAACAAAGGUUACUUCACUCAGAUAUCCACACUGGCAGAUGUCCAAGAGAAUGUGAUGGAGUAUCUUCAUGUGCUGAGUCGGCCUAAGGUGAUUGACAGAGAGCAUGAUACAGUUUGGACUGAGGCUUACAUUGAUACCACGCUCCCUCAAGCACAAAAGCUGGAUGAUGGUCAAGGUCCUGUGCUGAUGACCACUGUGGCAAUGCCUGUUUUCAGCACUAAGAAUGAGACUCGGAACCAUGGCAUUUUACUGGGGGUGGUAGGGACAGAUGUCCCUGUCUCAGAGCUGCUCAAAACUAUUCCUAAAUACAAGUUGGGCAUUCAUGGUUAUGCCUUUGCAAUCACCAACAAUGGCUAUAUUCUCACCCACCCAGAUUUGCGUCCCCUUUACGGUGAUGGUAAAAAGCGAAGGAAGCCAAACUAUAGCAGUGUGGAUCUGUCUGAGGUAGAAUGGGAGGACAAGGAUGACAUGCUUAGGAACGCCAUGGUCAACAGGAAGACGGGAACAUUCUCAAUGGAGGUGAAAAAGAGUGUCGACAAAGGGAGGCGUGUACUGGUGUUACACAAUGAUUACUACUACACUGAUAUCCAGGGUACUCCUUUCAGCCUUGGAGUAGCACUUUCAAGAGGCCACGGCAAGUUCUUCUUCACAGGAAAUGUCACCGUGGAAGAAGGUCUUCACGACUUAGAGCAUCCUGACGUGGCCCUUGCAGAUGAAUGGACAUAUUGCAAUACAGAUGAUCACCCAGAGCACCGCUACUUGACCCAGAUAGAGGCAAUCAAACUCUACCUCAGUGGACAUGAGCCCCAACUACAAUGUGAUAAAGAAUUGAUUCAAGAGGUCCUUUUUGACGCAGUGGUUACUGCUCCACUGGAGGCCUAUUGGACAAGCUUGGUUCUCAAUAAGUCUGAGAAUUCUGACAAAGGGGUUGAGAUUGCCUAUCUUGGCACAAGGACAGGCCUGUCCAGAAUCAACCUGUUUGUGGUACCUGACAAGCUUACAAACCAAGACUUCCUGACUGCUGAGGACAAAGAAGGGGUGUUCAAUGCAGACCACUUCCCACUGUGGUACAAAAGGGCAGCAGAACAAGUUCCUGGCACCUUUGUCUACUCACUGCCCUUUAAUACAGGAUCAGAAAACAAGAGUGUUGUGUUAGCCAGCACAGCCAUUCAUCUCUUGGAUGAGAGGAAAUCACCCAUAGCUGCGGCCGUUGGCAUUCAAAUGAAACUGGACUUCUUUCAGAGGAAAUUCUGGACAGCCAGUAGACAGUGUGCUGCUCUGGAUGGAAAAUGUUCCAUAAGUUGUGACGAUGAGAACAUUAACUGCUACCUCAUCGACAACAACGGCUUCAUUCUGGUGGCAGAGGAUUAUGCUCUGACAGGGAACUUUUUUGGAGAAGCCGAGGGGGCUGUAAUGACUAAGCUCCUGCAGAUGGGCUCUUUCAAAAGGGUGACUCUUUACGACUACCAGGCUCUGUGCUGGGUCUAUUCAGAAAGUAGUGACAGUGGAAACACAUUGUUGGAUCCUUGCUUUGCCUUUCUCUCAGCUGUGAAGUGGCUCCUUACAGAGCUUGUCAUAUUUAUGGUCGAGUUCAACCUGUACAGCUGGUGGCAGUCUGACCUGACUGCAAAAGCUCAGAGGAUGGGCCGAACCAUGCAAGUACCAUGUGACACUGAGUACCCGGCCUUUGUCUCGGAGAGAACCAUCAAAGAAAACACUGGGAAUGUCGACUGUGACGGCUGCAUCAAGUCCUUUGUAAUUCAGCAGAUCCCCAGCAGUAAUCUCUUCAUGGUGGUGGUGGACAACAAGUGUGAUUGCAGCAUGUUUGAACCUAUCACCAUGGAUCCUGUGGAAAUUAUGUAUAAUGAGUCCCUAAAGUGUGAGAGACUGAAGAUGCAAAAGGACAGGCGGCGCCCUGAUACCUGUCACCCGUUCCACCCAGAGGAGAACUCAAUGGAGUGUGGAGGAGCUCAAACUCUCACACCGUCAUUUUCUGCAUCACUGCUUUGCAUCCUCCUGGCGCUGUUCCCCAGGUGA